UAUAUUAAAAACAAAUUAAUUCGAUGAGACUUGUGCAACGGAAGAAAAAUGUCAAAAAGGCGUCCAGCUUGGUUUUCAAGAAGCCCGAUUCCUUAAGUGCCGGUAGAAAUCUCGGAGAAACAAAAACAGAGAGCAAGGAGAGAGAGAGAGAGAGAGAGAGAGAGAGAGAUACUGUUGUCAUGGAAGAAGCAAAGGGAGUAGUGAAGCACGUAUUGCUGGCAAAAUUCAAGGAAGGAAUCCCAUCUGAUGAAAUUGAGAAACUCAUCAAGGGUUAUGCUAAUCUCGUCAAUCUCAUCGAACCCAUGAAAGCUUUCGAAUGGGGCACAGACGUGAGCAUUGAGAACAUGCAUCAAGGUUUCACCCAUAUCUUUGAGUCUACCUUUGAGAGUAAAGAGGGCAUUGCAGAGUACAUAGGUCAUCCAGCUCAUGUUGAUUUUGGCGGCCUCUUCUUGCCUGCUCUGGAGAAAGUCAUUGUGUUUGACUACAAGCCUACUGUUGCUCGCUUCUAAAUUGUUGGACUUAUGGGCAUCCAACAUUCCGCAGCUGUAUUAUAAAUAAAUAAAUAAAUCCUGCUGUUGUGGUCUCCCAAGGAUUUGAUUUCGGCUUGUCUUGUGGAAUUGCUAAUCUGAAUUCAAUGACAUUCGGUAGUGUUGAGCCUUUU